GCCGCAUUUGCAUAACCCCACAGGCAGUAUUGUCCGCUAUUAACCCCAAGCCAAGGACAGCCAGGGCCCUCCCCCGGUGUCGUAGAGAACAACCUUUGCGCUUCCCUCAUUGUCAAGCAGGCCCAACCUUUGGGAACCUCCGCCUUUGCAAAGCCUCAGCGGGCUCUCCUCAAAGCAAGUGCGCCUUGAGAAGACGCCUCGGCUCUUAUUGGCUCGGGCCGGGAGUCGGGACUAUUUUUCUCGCCCCUCAACUGAAUUAGCUCCCAGGAGAAGGGCUGCUCUUCCGCUCUCACAGAGCCAAGGACUUCAGCAGUCAAGGAGAUGGCGGCAGGUAACCCUCCGCGGUCCCUCGCCUUUUCGCAGCAGCUCCGUGCCGCAUUUUACGCCCUCUCGCCUAAUGAGAGCUCCUUCCGCAGCGUCGAGGAGGUCCCUGAUUACGUGGACCAGGCAACUCCUUUGUUCCUGACCCUGAUUUUUCUGGAGUUUGUUGUUAAAUGGGCUCAGAAGGGACAUUCAUCAGCUCGGGUCAAUGAUGGCAUCGCAUCUCUCUCUGCAGGUGUUCUGUCUCGACUUCCAGAUGUUUUGUCCAGAAGUGUCGAAAUAUCAACAUACAUUUAUACAUGGGAAAACUAUAGACUUCUUGAACUACCUUGGGACUCACCAUGGACCUGGUACUUGACAUUUCUUGGAGUAGAUUUUGGAUACUACUGGUUUCACCGCAUGGCCCAUGAGAUUAAUCUACUAUGGGCAGGACACCAAACUCAUCAUAGUUCAGAGGAUUAUAAUUUAUUCACAGCAUUAAGGCAAUCUGUUUUGCAGAAGUAUACAUCUUGGGUAUUCUAUUUGCCCUUGGCUUUCUUUAUUCCACCUUCUGUGUAUGCUGUUCAUCUCCAAUUUAAUCUGCUAUACCAAUUCUGGAUACAUACAGAGGUUAUUAGCAAUCUUGGUCCUUUGGAGUUUAUUCUCAAUACCCCCAGUCAUCAUAGAGUACAUCAUGGAAGAAAUCCAUAUUGCAUUGAUAAAAAUUAUGGUGGCACACUGAUAAUUUGGGACAGAAUUUUUGGAACCUUUGCUGCAGAAAAAGAUAAAGUUAUAUAUGGCCUAACACACCCUAUAAACACCUUCGAACCUUUCAAGAUCCAGUUUCAUCAUGGCAUUUAUAUAGGGAAGACAUUUUGGAAUAUGCCUGGUUUCUGCAAUAAGCUUUCUGUCAUAUUUAAGGGGCCAGGAUGGGGACCUGGCAAGCCAAGGCUAGGACUUCUUAAGGACAUUCCUGAGAUUACAGGAAAGGAAGUUCCCUUCAAUCUCAAAUUGCCAAGUUACCUCCGUGUCUAUGCUGUAAUUCACUUUAUAUUGAUGCUGGGAUUUUAUAUCGAUAUGUUUGCUUCCAAAUCAACGUUAUCACAGGUAACUCUGCUCAUGAGAGUUGGCUACAUUAUCCUGACAUUGACCUCCAUUGGCUUCCUGAUGGAGCAAAGACCUGAAGCUGGUUUUUUGGAAUUUGCCCGCUGUUCUACUUUUCUGGCUCUCCACAAAUUCGGCUAUUUGAAAACAUAUAUCCCACUUCUAUCAAUCAUAUAUGAGGUGUUAUUUUCUCUCUGCAUUGCUUUUUGGGGAAUACGGAUUAUGAAGCAACUCACCGCAACUGCUGCAAAACAUCACUGAAAAGAAGCCUGUCAGAAUUGUUGCUUUAAUUACAGAUAAAACAUAUUCCGCAGAAAAGGACAUGACAGGCCCUUUCUUUCUUGGUUCCAGAUCAUCCUCCUCAGUUUUAAUUUGUGAAUCAUUGAUUAAAAUUAACAUUAGAAUGAUUUUAUUUUUGUAUAUUCAGGAAUUUCCACAACUGUAUACUCUAAAAUACAUGUUUUGCAACAGUUUGAUUCGUGUGGAAGAAACUGUUUAUGUUCAUCUUUGUAAUGAAACAAACGAACAGCUUGACUAGAGCUAUUUGAUUCUCCUUUGCAGAUAUAGAUAUGGUGACAGCAUUCUACCCAUCUGUUAUGGCGGCAUUCCAUUUACUUGAGCUACUCCUAUAGAUGACUAAGGAAGGAUUUCAAGCCCAAUCACUUUUAAAUGUGCAAAUGUGGAGUGCUGCCAUACUGCACAAUUAUACCAUCUUUAUUCCACUCUAGCUGCUAUCUCUCCAUUCUGUAUGAUCCUAGGUUUUAUAAUCUCAUGGGGACUGAGAAUUAUUUAGUGUAAAGCAUCCUAUAGAUUCUUAGUACUUGUAGUCUGAUAUGGGUUUAUAAUUCACUAGUGUACAUACUUGAUCUGAAGCUUAAGAAAUCUCUGAUGCAGAAUUUCAAGUAUCUCACAGAACUACAAAUCUCAAGAUUCUACAGAAAGGCAUCGAGACAAGCAAUAGAAAACUAAUAUAAUCAUGAAGUGUAGAUACCCCUGUAUAUUAGUGCAAGAAGAAAGGAAAGAGGAAGAUCAAAAACACUUCAUGGAAUGGUAAGAAGAAUGGAAAAAGCAGGAUCGAACAAGCACAUGGCCAGAACAUGUUCUGGAACAUGUUCUGGCCAUGUUCCAGAACAUGGAACAUCGCCAUACAGCUUGGAAACUCACAGAAACCAAGAAAGAGAGUGUUGGCACACUUAUGUCCUGGUUGCAGCCUUCAGAUAAAGAACUGUUGGUCACUGCUGAACUGAAUGGUGGAAUAGAAAAGUUUUUGGUCUGAUCCAGCAGGACUCUUCUGAAAUCCUUCAGAAGACUGCUAAAAUGGAAGCAGUGGAGCACAGAAGUAGAGGAGAAAGGACACUAAAGUAGGGGAUGUGAGAGCGAGACUAGAUGAUGAAGACAUCGAAAUAGCUGAAGAUUUCCCAUACUCUUUCAGAGUUAUCAAUCUUAAUGGAAACCACUGUCAAGAAAUAUUAAGACUGGGAAGGACAUCUAUGAAGGCACUAGAAAAGAUCCUGACACCUAAGGAUAUCAUUUGCAUUGUCCAUGCAAUCAUAUUUCCAAUAUCUGUGUAUGGUUGUGAAAAAUGGAAAGUGAAGAAAACAGAUAGAAAUCAACUCAUUUGAGAUGUGGUUCAGGAGCAGAGUUCUGCAGAUUCCAUGGACUGCUAAAAAUGAAAAAUACGUCCUAAACAAAUCAGGCUCAAACUCUCACUAGAAGCCAAGAUGAUUUAAGUGAGGAUAUACCAUGAGAGGAUUAUAGAAAAUAUGAUAAUAUUAUAAUGUUUGGUAAAAUGAAGGGCAAUAAGGAAAAAUGAAACCUGUGUUUCAGAUGGAUAGAUUAAAUCAGAGAAGCAAUGCCCAGAGUAUGCCAGUCCUGAGCAGGACUGUUGAGGAUAGGGUGACUUAGAAGGCUCCCAUUCAUAUGGUCACCAUAGGUUGAAGUCAGUUUGAUGGCGAUUAAUGACAACAAGAAAGUGUUGGUUGAGAAAGAAGAAAAGCAUAAAAAGGAAUAAUAUGCUUUGAGUGAAGGGCAGAGAACCAACAAAAGAAAACAAAGCAUAGGGAGCAUAAAUCCUGUAAAAGGAAAUACUCAGGAAGUCAUAAGGUACAUAAAUAAGAGGGUGGGCAUAAAUACAUUCCAAAAAAAUAUGAUGUUGGAAUCCAUUAUGCUGGAUCAUUAAGAGACAGUUCCCAUUGUCCCUCAAUGUACUGACUGUAUAAAAAUGAAUUAAUUGUGACUGUAGAAUUAUUAAAUAUUGCAUGACAAAAGUAA